AUGGAAAUCGAAUAUAAAGCUGAUCCAAAUGAAAUAUUUUUACUUGCACCAAACUCAAAAAUGUUGAAAGUAAACAGAGCUUUGCAAGUAUCGGGUCAUUACAAAUUGAAGCUCGCUGCCUUAGAUCUCCUUGAUGACCAUGUCUCAAAUAAAGAUUUAUUAUCAGAUUUAAGACACAACCAAUAUGCUUCAGCUAUUAACUACCAAUUAAAUCUUGCUCUCAAGUGCCAUGGUAGUGUAAAAUAUUUAAAUAGUGUUAAGGAUAAAGCCAGCUCUUUAUUAACUAAAAUGAUUAUCAAAGAAUGGGGAAGUUCAGAUGCUACCGCAGAAAACCGUAAAUUCAUCUCUGAUAGCCUCAAAUUAAUUGUAGACCCAAUUACCUUUCCAGAAAAAUACUGUUGGGGAGAAGUUAAAGAUUCCAUUAUUAUCUUGGGUAAAUUCUCUCAAAUCAAAAAUGAAUCAAUUUCCGAAUUUUGUUCAAAUGAUUUCAGAGAUUUCUUUGAUAAAAUAUUUUUACUAUUAUUCAAUUUCCUUGAUUUUAUAGUUUCAAAUAAAGAUAGAAUAAUCAAGGAAUCAAUCUAUUUCGAUUAUGUUGAAGAAACUGAAAAAAGCAUUUCUUUACUCUUUGAUUUAGUAAGUGAUGAUUGUCGUUUAUACCAUAUGGUUCAUAUCAUCGCAAUUCUUGAAGAUUUAGAUCAACUUUCUCCAUCAUUCAAGAACUAUUUUAAAUCAAAGUCUAGAAGUCUCAAAGCAGAGCAACCCGCAAUAGUUUUUGAAGGCUUUCAUAAAUCAAAAAGAGAAAAUAACAAGCCCGAAACUAGCAGAUCUUCAUUUGUCUCAUACCUUGAGAUGGUUAAUAAAGCAUCAAAUGACUCAAAGCUUCGAUAUAGAAAUGAAUGGAAAAAUAUCGAACCAUUAGCAAUCCAGGUAUCAGAAUUAAUUUCUAAAGCACCAUUGCCAGCCCCUAAUGGCUUAUAUUGUAACAAAAUUUUAUGGUGUUUAGAAGUAGCAAGAAAAAAAGCAACACCAUUGAUACAACUUGAACUAACUGCAUAUAAUAAAUUCGUUUUUGAAAUACCUGCAGCGAUCAAUGCCAAUGUUGAAGCAAUAAUAACUAAACCCUUAAGUCAUCUUUUAAUUGUAAAACCUGUAUAUAAUUGA